UAUUCGGUCCGUACCGUUCAACGCAGCCACCUCCGAAAACCUUCCCCGUUCGGAUAAACCGCCGCCCACUUCUUUCGCUCCUGCGCCAAACCCUUCAAUUCGAAAGCCCGACGCUUCGAGAUGCCCAUUUUAAAUCUCCUGUCUGCGAGCUCCGGCGAUCCCCUUCUCUCCUGUCGGGUCUCCGCCGGAUCCCGCCAAUGCGCCGCCGUCGCCGCCCUCUUCCCAUCGCCGCCGACCUCUCUCCACCUCCGGCUACGCUCCAAGCCCUUUCGUCUAUGGACGAAAACCCUCCAUGGAGCUCGGUUCAGUCGAUCUCUCGUGGUCUUCCAAAAGCUUGAUGCCGAUCGAAAUGUCAGCGCCAGAGAUGAUGAUUUCAUAACUAGGGUUUUGAAGGAGAAUCCUAGCCAGGUGGAGCCCAAGUUCCUGGUCGGAGAUCGGUUUGUUACGUUGAGGGAGAAGCAAAGAUCAGGUAAAGAUUUGAACUUUGGUGUAAUUCAGUUAUUGAAGCGGUUGUUUGGGCGGUCCGGGACUAGGAAGGAGGGAGUCGAGGGCGGUGGGAGGAAGGAAGGAGAAGCUGCAGAACCUGUGUAUCUUAAGGAUCUACUAAGGGAAUUCAAGGGCAAACUAUAUGUUCCCGAGGAGGUGUUCAGGGAAAAUUUAUCAGAAGAGGAAGAGUUCGAGAAGAAUGUACAGGAGCUUCCAUUGAUGAGCUUCGAGGAUUUUCAGAAGCAUCUAAAAGCUGACAAAAUUAAAUUGUUGACGUCAAAGUCGACAUUUGAUUAUUCUUCUGAAAUUUAUUAUAGAGAUUUUCUUGUCGACUUGAAAGAGAUUCCAGGUGACAGAACCAUACAGAAAACUAAAUGGGUGAUUAGGUUAAGUGCGAGUCAAGCACGGGCAGCAUUGGAGGAGUACAAUGGACCACAGUAUGAGAUCGAAAAACACACCAUGUCUUAUGUUGGGAAAUCACUUGAAUACCCUCAUCCAGUGGCCUCUUCGAUAUCAAGCAGAGUCAUGGUUGAACUUGCGAUGGCAACAGCAUUGAUAGCUGCUGCAGCUGCAGUUAUUGUAGGUUUUGUGGCAUCUGCAGCUUUUGCAAUAACCAGUUUUCUAUAUGCUGCUACUAUUUAUUUUGUCUGGCCUCUAUCAAGGCCUUUUGUGAAGCUUGUUCUGGGUAUAGUCUCCAGUAUUGCAGAACGUAUGUGGGAGAAUGUCGUUGAUAUAUUCAGUGAAGGAGGUUUUUUCUCCAAAAUAUAUGAAUUUUACACUUUCGGUGGUGUCUCUGCCAGCCUUGUGAUGCUAAAACCUAUCAUGCUGGUUCUUAUCACUAUGGUUCUCCUUGUUCGAUUUACUCUGUCGAGAAGGCCAAAAAACUUUAGGAAAUGGGAUAUAUGGCAAGGGAUUGAAUUUGGACAUUCCAAAUCACAGGCCCGAGUUGAUGGUUCUACUGGGGUCAAGUUCAGUGACGUGGCAGGGAUAGAUGAUGCAGUUGAGGAACUUCAGGAGCUGGUGAGAUAUUUGAAGAACCCAGAACUAUUUGAUAAGAUAGGUAUCAAGCCUCCACAUGGCGUCCUUUUGGAAGGUCCUCCUGGCUGUGGAAAGACUCUUGUUGCCAAGGCUAUUGCUGGUGAAGCUCAUGUACCAUUUUAUCAAAUGGCUGGUUCUGAGUUUGUUGAAGUUCUAGUUGGUGUUGGAUCUGCUCGAAUACGGGAUCUUUUUAUGAGAGCCAAGGUAAACAAACCAGCAGUUGUCUUUGUCGAUGAGAUUGAUGCGUUGGCAACUAGACGCCAAGGAAUUUUCAAUGAAUCUACCAACUACUUUUACAAUGCUGCGACUCAGGAGAGAGAGACUACACUUAACCAGCUACUGAUAGAGCUUGAUGGUUUUGAUACUGGAAAAGGUGUUAUCUUUCUGGGUGCCACUAAUCGUAUGGAUCUAUUAGAUCCUGCACUCCUUCGUCCUGGUCGCUUUGACCGCAAGAUUAGAAUACGUCCUCCUGGGGCAAAGGGGCGAUUGGAUAUCUUGAAGGUUCAUGCACGUAAAGUCAAGAUGUCGCCAACAGUUGACCUGUCAACCUAUGCUCAAAAUUUGCCUGGAUGGACGGGGGCUAAGUUGGCACAGCUGGUGCAAGAGUCAGCGCUGGUGGCAGUCAGGAGAGGUCACGAAUCAAUACUUCAGUCUGACAUGGAUGAUGCAGUCGAUCGGCUGACGGUAGGGCCUAAGCGCUUAGGAAUUGAAUUAGGCCAUCAAGGGCAAUGCCGAAGGGCUGUUACCGAGGUUGGAGUUGCACUUACAUCCCAUUUGCUCAGGCGCUAUGAAAAUGCCAGAGUCGAAUUUUGUGAACGCAUUUCAAUCAUUCCCCGUGGCCAGGCACUUUCCCAAAUUGUAUUUCUUCACCUCGAUGAAGAGUCAUACAUGUUUGAAAGACGACCCCAGUUACUGCAUCGUCUUCAGGUAUAUUUGUGGAAAUACUAUUGUUCCAUAGACCUUCCAAAUUUUCUUGGACUCUUUUGUUUGUAUGUUUCAUUCAUAAAGGUGUUCUUGGGAGGGAGAGCUGCCGAAGAGGUUAUAUAUGGACGAGACACCUCAAAAGCAUCCUUGAAGUAUCUUCAAGAUGCCACAUGCCUGGCUCGCAAAAUGCUAACCAUUUGGAACUUGGAGAAUCCUAUGACCAUUCACGGAGAGUCCUUUCCUUGGAAAAAGAAGCCAAAGUUUAUAGGCCCGAAGCUGGAUUUCGAAAAAGAACUUUAUGAUCACUACGGGCUUGUAGAACCUUCGAUCAACUUCGAUCUCGAUGAUGCCGUCGCCCGGAGAACCGAAGAGCUGCUGCGUGACAUGUACGAGAAAACCGUGUCCUUGUUGAAAACACACGUCGCAGCCCUUGCGAAGUCGGUGAAGGUUCUCCUGGAUAACAAGGAAAUAAGUGGAGAUCAAAUCGAAUUCAUAUUGAACAGUUACCCAGCAGAAACCCCAGUAAAGCUCAUCUUGGAGGAGAAAGACCCGGGGAGCCUGCCAUUCUUCCAGGUGGAUGGGGACCGUAACACGGCGUUGCCGAAGCUGAUACCGGUUGGAGAAGCAGCAGCUCAAUGACAUGGCCGAGGGCCGAUGUGUCUCUGGGCUUACCCAGGAAUCGUUCGUUCGUUCGUUCGUUCGUGCGAGUAACGUGUUCACUUUGAUCCCCAAGCUUAGCGUCUGUCAUUCGUAACCGGGCAUUAGCAUCAAUGAAAUGUGUUCUGCUUUGGUUGCA